UAUGUCGGUCAAUUCGAAAUGCGUUCAGGCUAGGAAAUCAGCGCAGGACAAAAGAAAACGAAAUCAAAAAGUUCACGUUCCCGAAUGUGUUGAGAACGGUAGAUAUGCUCCCAAGCAGUGCUUUAUGAGCUAUUGUUGGUGUGUAACGCCUAAAGGUGAAAUAAUUCCAAAGACUAGUAGUAAAAGGAGAUCCAGUUGUAAUAAGAAUGAGAAUAAGAGGAAACGAAGCGAAUGUCCUGUUAAAAAAAGGAUUCGAUUUAACAAGCAGCUCAUGCGUCGUCUAAAAUUGCAAGAAGGCGUUCAAAGUAAAAGCCUGGCCUUUGACCUUAAAUUUAAAAGGCUCGACUUGAAUAGGGAUAACAAAUUAAUGAAAAAGGAAUUCCGACGAUUUGUUUCGUCCAUUAGAAAACUUGUCCGACCUCGAAUUUGUUCUCGAACAAUGUUCGCCUACUGUGAUGCUAAUGCGGACCGCCGUGUCGUCAAGUCGGAAUGGCGAAAUUGUCUGGACCCCUCCCGAGCACGUUCUUUAUUCCUUCUUAAUAAGAAGAAGAAACAUAGUUUCGCAAUAUUGUUGACAACCAAAAAUUCUAAAGAUCUCUCUUCGAAGAAGACAACAAACUGUAGCAAGGAUAGGACUAAUGCAAUAAAGGAGCAUAAUUUAUACCCGCCGGCUAACGUUUUUAUACCCGAUUGCGAAGGCGAUAUGUUUUCAACCAUUCAAUGUCACAACUCAACAGGCUAUUGCUGGUGCGCGUAUAGAACAACCGGGUUAGCUGUGCCAAGAACGGUAAGAAAGGGUAGACCGGAAAAUUGUAAAAUAAAAAUGGCGCUAGAGAAUUGUACAAGCGCCGACUUAAACGAGUAUCUCAGUAAAAUUAUAACUAAAGCCAAUCGAACUGUGUCAGACGUUAAAAACACGUCCACCUUUCUCCAACUACAUAAACAAGCCGAUUUAAACAACAAUAACAAAAUCGAUAAAAGAGAAUGGAGAGUGCUAAGGAAACUUAUCAAAAUUGGUAAGAAACGUCUUAGAGAUUGCCGACGUAACUUUCUAAUAUUCUGCGACGACGACAACAACAAAGAGAUUACACUUGAAGAGUGGUUAGCUUGUACUAGACUUACUAAUGAGUAUAUGAAGUUGCCUGGUUCUUUCUAA